AUGGGUAUUUUAAGUAAUACUGGUUUAUUAGCAAGUACACUUCAUCCAGUUCAACGAUUUUCACAGACGAAUACCGUACAAUUACAAACAUUAGUAAGACCAGCACCAUUCAUAUUAAAACCUUUGGCUGGAUUAUAUAAUCCAUAUCCUGCAUCAUGCUCUUUAUUAUGCAAUCAUCCAACACCUACACUCCCUGUACCUGUCAUCAAAACACGUAUCGCUGUUCCUGAAGAAUUAUUUCGUAAAUAUACGGAAACGGAUUCACGACCGAUGACACCCACUCCAACAAUUAUUAGUGCAACGACAACGGGUGUGAAUCGACGAUGUUUAACACCACAACCGUUACAGCGGCCAAAAUUAAUUGUGGAUUUACGGCGGACACACAGUCAGGAAACAUUAUCUUGGACAGUAUAUUCAGAACAAUGCCGUUCCGAGGACAGUGAUAAAAGUUCUAAAUGUUCAACACCCCGUUCUGUAAUCAAUAAUAAAUCAGCGAAAAAUAUCAAUCAAAAGAAUUUAUUGAGUCCACAAAAAUCACAUCGCUCACAAAAUGGAACACCACGAACAGAAAAGAAAUCACGUAAAUCACCACGUAACGUUGGUGAUGAGGGCCAACCUGCAGCUGCUCCAGCCACAUCCUCACAAGGUGAUUCACAUGGUGAUGAUCAGUCAAAUAACACUAGUAAAAUUAGUAGUGCUGGCACGGAUGACGGGAAAGAUGACGACGACGAUAUGCCAAGACGUAGAGGUCGACGUCGUAAAGCACGCUCACGUGCCGGUACAGCGAUUAAAACUGCUGAUAAAGAUCCGGAAACUCAAGUGGCGUCAAUUCUUUUGGAUUUGGAUAGCAGUUGUGAUUUAGAUGUUAUCAAAAUAUUGCAACGUGAGCUAACACAAGAGAUUAUUGAUGCUGAAUUCGAUACAAAGAAAAAACUAGCAUUAGAAGAAGCAUUUAGAUGUUUAUAUGGUAAAAAUUGUUUAACUAGUUCAAAAUUAGAUGAAUAUAAAGUAUGCAAUGCCAAUAUGGAUUUAUGGCUGAAUCUACCACGAAAUUAUUCAGUGCGGAGUGCACGUUUUGAAUUACCAAUUGAUAAUGAUGAAUUUGAAAGAUUAACUCCAUUGGAAUACAUUCAAAAUUACGUAACCGUAACGGAAAAACGGAAAACAUUAUACAAUUUUAUUUUUAAUCGUUACAAAGAGGACACCGACGAUUGUAAUGGACGAUUUAUCCUUGGAAAGAACAUAAUUCCUGGCUUAGGUGAGAUAAUGGGAAGACCAUUAAAUAUGGAACAAUCAAAUUAUAUUCGUUAUUUAUUAAAUUGGGAUGAUAAUGAACUUUAUAAUUUUCGAAUGUGGAGUUCGAUUUGUGUUUUAUGUGAACGAUUAUUUGCACAUGAAUACUGGCCAUCGAAUCCAAUGGAUAAAAGUGGAAAUGAGAUGGAGCGAGUUGAUUUUGAAUCAUUACCCAGAAAACUACUAACAUUGAAAAUUCAUCCACAAUUAGAAGAAAUACUUUUGAAAAUACGUAACACAUAA